GCCGGGGGCCGCUCUGGCCGCCGCGAGGAGCCGUCGAGAGGCGCUUCCGGUGGCGCGCUCACCCUCCGCUUCCUUGGCCCCGCGGAGCCCGGCGGCGCGAUGAGGAUCGAGAAGUGCUACUUUUGCUCGGGGCCCAUCUACCCGGGCCACGGCAUGAUGUUCGUCCGCAACGACUGCAAGGUCUUCCGAUUCUGCAAGUCCAAAUGCCACAAGAACUUCAAGAAGAAGCGCAACCCCCGGAAGGUCCGGUGGACCAAAGCGUUCCGGAAGGCGGCUGGGAAGGAGCUCACCGUGGACAACUCAUUCGAAUUUGAAAAACGGAGAAACGAACCGGUCAAGUACGAGAGAGAGCUCUGGAACAAGACCGUCGAUGCAAUGAAGAGAGUGGAAGAGAUCAAACAGAAGCGUCAAGCUAAAUUCAUCAUGAACCGGUUGAAGAAGAGCAAAGAAUUGCAGAAGGUUCAAGACAUCAAAGAAGUCAAGCAAAGCAUCCACCUCAUUCGGGCUCCUCUGGCAGGAAAACGGCUGGAAGAAAAAAUGGUACAGAAACUGCAAGAGGACGUGGAUAUGGAAGAAGUUCCCUAGGAAUCGCAAAGUGGACUCUAUCGACCCUCCGCUCUGCCGUCCUCCCCCUCGGCGGACUGCGUCGGUUUGAAAACCUCUUAGAGACUGGGGACGUUGAUGUUUUUUCUCUCUCUCAGUCAAAUGGAAAAACGCUUCCCUUCCGUCCUUCCACCCUGUGUGCCGACCUUCAGGUAGAUUGUUCCAGCUGGCUAGUUGUUAGGUGAGGAGGGUAAGCCCUCCGCUGAACAGCCCCUCUUCCGGAAACGCGAUCGUAAUUACAGAAGUGUGGUAAUGGUCACAGACUGGGCCUCGCCUCGUGGGUAAUGGCUCCUGGCCGUAUUUAUGUAAAACUGCAAUUCCCCCAAACCUUAGGUCCAAUAAAACCUUCUGCUGGCGAUAA